UAGGCAACAAGAAUUCUGAAUGCCGGCUUCACCCGCCUGUGCGUCAAGUUGCGCGACAAACCUCAGAAGCUGGCAGUCGUUUCGCAAUUCCUAGACCCCCAUUGAGUCGCCACCAAGCUGUGAAGCUCCUAGAUAUCAAAAUGCUCGGCCAACCCGACUCCUACCGGAGCCCCUUCGCUCCUAAGUACCACUACCAGCCCAACCUCCAUGGCUUCACCAUGAAGCAGGCCGUCGGACUUGGCGUGAGGGCAGGUGGAUUCGGCGCUGUUGCCCUGGGCGCUGUCAUUUUCUUUGCCUCAGGUAUCCCGAGGGUCCAGAAGGACGUUCUGGGUAUCUUCCCCCCGCUGGCCAAGUACUACCACAAGGAGAUCCCUGCCUCGGAUAACCCGUUUUAAACUCUCGCAUGGCUUAUGUCGCUGGGGGAAGAGAAGACGAGAUUUAGAGGCUAGAGUGCAAGCAAGCGAGAAGGUAUAAAGCGCUUCCGGAUCAAUAGACCUCAUCCAGACUUCACGCAGCUGGAAGGCGAUUCCCAAGCAUGUGUAUGCCCCUCUGUCUUGAUGGAACAAUCGCUACGGCUCAUCGAUCACAUGUCAGGCCGGGGUCCAGGGCUAAAGUGUCUAGCAGCUGCGACAACGGCCAUUUUGAUAUUUCUGUGUUUGCUGUUGUGCUGUGCUACUGUUCUGCUGUUUCAUAUAACAAUUUAGAGCCAUUAUUCUUAUUCAGAGACUAAUAUCAUCCGCGCCCAAUUGGUUAUUGGUCAUUCUCUCAUGGUAAAGGGGUGGACAGGCAG